CAUUGUUGAUUUUAUAUAUAUAUAUAAUAUUACGUUGAAUAAAUAAUAUUUUUGCCCCAUAGGAUACUAAACUAUGCCCCCUAAUGUAUAAGAGCAGUUAAAUUUUCCCCAAAAAUUAUUUCAUCCAUUGAAUAAUACCCCUUCUGUUAGGAUUUGUUUAAUUUUGCUGUGUAAUGAGUGAUGUGGCAUAACACCUUUGGGUAGUUGAGAGAUUAAAAGAAUAUUGAAUACCCCUCAUUCAUUAAACGUAAAGUUCACAUUUUUUUUAAAACUAAAUUCAUUUAUUUUCUUCAUUGUAAAACCUAGGUCUUAUUUUCUUCUCUUCACUACAAAGAAUUAUUCAAUGUUCUCUCUUCUUCAUAUUCUAGCAAUUCUUGCAAGAGUGAGAGAAGGCAUGAAGAAAGGUUAAAAUGAGCAAACCCAUUUGUGACUGUGGGUGGGAUUCUAUUGAACACACAUCAUGGACUGAAGGAAAUCUGGGUAGAAGAUUUUAUGGGUACCCAAGAUAUAAGAGAAAUGUUGAAAAUGGGUGUCGAUUUCUGAGAUGGAUAGACCCUCCAUCUCAUAAGAAUGAACUAGUUCAAAGGUUAGAUGAGGUUGAGGACAAUCUAAAGCUACUACACAAUAUUUUUGAAAGAAGGGAGAAAGAAGUUAGAGAAUUGAUGAAGUUGAUGAAAUAUUUAAAGUUUGGCAUCUGUAUUUCUGCUGCACUUUUUGCAAGUUUGUUGUAUUUAUUAGUUACAAGUGUUUAAUGAAUUUGAGAAGCCAAAUCUAAUAUGAAAUGUGAUUUUUUGUUGAUUA